AUAGGAUUUAGAUUAGAAUGGAUGACUCAAAGCAGCAGGAUAUAGAUCUAGAUCUAGAAUCUAUAUAGAAUAUUUAUUAUUUAAAGAUUCUAGAACAAGAGUUCACCUGUGUCUAUCUUCAAAGCUGGCUUACAAAUGACUGUAAAUGGACCUUGGUGGAAAGUUGACAAAAGUUUGGAAGUAUUUGUUGGACCUUUGCUUAAAACAGACAUGAAUAAAAUAAGCACUACCUAUACACCACCUUAUACCCCUGGGCCUUGUGUUUCAAGUGGACACAGGCGUUGUAUAGAUGGAAGUUGUAUUGCAAGUGUUGAUUUAUGCCCUGAAGAGCAACAACUGAAUCAAAAUACAAUUAUAAUCAUGCUGGUUGUUGGAAUGGCAUGCAUUUUGUUUUUAGUAGUGCUGUAUUGCUACAAACAGAGAAAGGCAUUGAGAAGACAAGAACAUAAUAGUUCUAACCAUGCUGCAUUUGAAUCUGUCAUUGGUGAGGGUGAUAAUGCAUCCAUGAACUUGCCUCCUCCUUCAUAUGAUGAAGUCAUUAAUAGUAAUCUUUAUCCAGUAACACCAGUUUUCCAGAGAAAUGCCAGGAUAACAAGUUUUGAGGAACCUCGAACACCACCACCAAACUAUGAUGCUGCUCUUGACAUUCUCGCCCACAGUCAGGAGUCUGUUCUCCCCAUUAAAACACAGCCAAUUAGUCCUGUUGUUCGGAGAUCUAUUUCUACAGAGUUUAGUGGUGCUGCCCGAUCUGCGAGAUCAUCAGAAUCUGAUUAUAGGAGGAUAUAUUCUAACCCUGAUCAACGAUAGACUGGGUUGUUGAUCUGAUUUUUAAAAAGUGAAUUGUUAUAACCAUUUACAGAUGUGUUGAACCGAUUUCAAUAUGCUGGCAUUUUACUUAUUUGCGCAGAAGAUAAGAAAGCUAGCAUUUAUUUCAAGUGACAAUCACAUUUUAUUUACUAAUGAGGGUUAUGUAAAUAAUGAAACGCCCCUUACUAUUAGCACUCAAUGAUCGUAAGUAUCCAAGAAAUGUGACAUUGUGGUUACCUAAAUCAAGUCUAAAAUAAGUUAUGAAAGUAAACUAACUUUCAAUUAUUUUAAUCAGUUAA